UCAAAUAUAAAAUUAUAAAUGUCAUGAAUGUCGACCAAAAUAAAAAAAAAAAAAACAUUGAAAACAUUGAAAACAUGCAAAAAAUACAUUUCGCAAAAUACUCUCCAUCAUCACCAACAGAACCAAUGCCAUUUCCGUGUUAUAGCCCCAAACUCAGUUGAAAUUGAAUUUUCCGUGUUGGCAGUGAUCAAAAUAUUUUGUUGCGGUGUGUGUUUUCCUGCUAUUUUGGUAUCCCGAUUCAAGGGUAUUAUGAAAUUUGUAUCGUGCUUUCGCAAUUUUAAUUCAUCAGAGCGCCAUUUGUUGCAAAUUAAAUUUUGGAAACCCCAUGAAAUAUUGAGCAGUAAACAUGACUCCUUGUUCUACAAAAUUAAAUCGGCAAAUGUCAAACAAAGUCAACGUAAAGCCAUCAUAAUGAAAUUAAAACAUCAGAUUUUGCGAAGGGGGCAAAAACAGGACUAUCUACACGUGGGAAGUUUUCAAGAAGCCAUACGCCCAGUUCUGCUGAUGGCCCAAGUGUUCGCUCUGAUGCCCGUCAAUGGAAUAUCUUCGAAUUCUGCCCAAGAUUUGAAAUUUUCCUGGACCAUGGUGCGCACUUGGUAUUCCUUUGUGAUAACUGUUUGCUUUGGCAUUUGCUCAGGUUUUAAUAUUGUGUUUGCUUUUCGUGGAGUCUUUUCCUUCGAUUCUGUGGAGGGAAUUAUGUUUUAUACGUCGAUUUUUUUGAUUGCCUUAAUCUUCUUUCGUAUGUCACAAAAGUGGCCCAGUCUCAUGCAACAGUGGCAGCAGGUGGAACAGGCACUGCCACAGCAAUCAUCCGAAAUGGAACGUUCGUGGUUGGCUCAUCGCAUCAAAAUGGUCUUGUUGGUGGCCACAACGUGUUCGCUGACCGAACACUUGCUCAGCAUAUUGACUAUCGUUUAUUAUGUGAAUCGUUGUCCUCGAUUUAACAAUCAGCCCAUCGAUAGCUUCCUAUUUUCAAACUUUACUCAAUUUUUCUAUUUCUUCGAAUACACCACGAUAAUGGGGAUUUUGGGCAAAAUCAUAAAUGUCUAUUCAACCUUUGCCUGGAGCUUCAAUGAUGUCUUUGUUAUGUGCCUUUGCUUGGCCAUGACAGCCAAAUUUCGACAGCUCAAUGACUUCAUGGCCAAGUAUGUCAAAAAGCCCACUUCCCGAGCCUUUUGGAUAGAACGUCGCCGAACAUAUCGCAUGUUGUGUCGCCUAUGUGGAGCAGUUGAUGACACCAUAGCGGUGGCGACCCUUUUGUGUCUGUCUAAUAAUCUCUAUUUUAUCUGCAACAAGAUUUUGAAAAGUUUACAGAAGAAGCCUUCAUUUACUCACACCCUGUAUUUUUGGUAUUCAUUGAUAUUCCUGAUAUUUCGCACCUUUAUAUUUGCUUUGUGGGCUGCCGCCAUCCAUGAGGAAUCCAAACGCCCUUUGGUCAUAUUUCGUAAAAUCCAUAGAGAGUAUUGGUGCUCCGAGCUCAAACGUUUUUCCGAGGAAGUUAAUGCGGAUUGCACGGCAUUGUCGGGAAUGAAAUUUUUCUAUUUAACACGAAGUAUGGUGCUCUCCGUGGCUGGCACCAUAUUGACCUAUGAAUUGGUCUUGCUGCAAUUCAACAAAAAGGACCUUGUCAAUGAUUGCCAAUAGAUGCAGCAAAUGAGAGGACACCAAUACAGACCAUAAACAGGAGAACAGCUUUAGUGGAUUUUGGGAAUGUCUUGCUCAAGUGAAAUGUAAUGGAGAAGCAAUAAACACCAAUUCAAUAAACACUGCUAUUAAAUACUUUGCUUGGUUUCAAGUUCA